CCUUUCUGCAUCCUAAAACCCUAAAUUAAACCCUUUUCAUUUCAGUUUAACAGAUCUGCUUGUCUUCUAUGGCCGUCAGCUGCAAUCUUCAAACCUCACUCUCACACAUCUCCAUCUUCCCCUCCACAACCAAGAGACAACCCAUCUUUAGAUGCCGAGCGUCUCUCCCCACCAUAGUCACAACCGAGCCAGAUCUGGUCUUCACUUCCGUCAAGUCAUUUGCUCCGGCCACCGUCGCUAACCUUGGCCCGGGUUUCGAUUUUCUUGGGGCAGCUGUAGACGGCCUUGGUGACUUCGUAUCUCUCCGGGUUGACUCCUCGGUUCGGCCUGGUCAUGUUUCCAUUUCGGAGAUCUCCGGUUCGUCCAAGCUCUCCCCUAACCCCUUCUUCAAUUGUGCUGGCAUCGCCGCUAUUGCCACAAUGAAAAUGUUAAACAUCCGCUCCGUGGGUCUCUCCCUCAAGCUUGAAAAGGGUUUGCCUUUAGGCAGUGGUCUGGGCUCUAGUGCUGCUUCUGCUGCGGCGGCUGCCGUUGCUGUUAAUGAACUGUUCGGUGGGAUAUUAGGAGCGGAUCAGCUUGUUCUUGCAGGGUUGGAAUCGGAGGCUAAAGUCUCCGGUUAUCAUGCUGAUAAUAUUGGGCCGGCGAUUAUGGGAGGUUUUGUGUUGAUCAAAAGCUAUCAGCCUCUGGAAUUGAAGCCGUUGAUUUUUCCGGAAAAUAAACAACUGUUUUUUGUGUUGGUUAGUCCCGAAUUCGAGGCCCCCACCAAAAAGAUGCGCGCGGCGCUACCUACUGAGAUUGGGAUGCUACACCAUGUCUGGAACUGCAGCCAAGCGGGUGCUUUGGUUGCGUCUGUGUUGGAGGGUGAUGUUGAGGGAUUGGGAAAGGCUCUGUCUUCGGACAAGAUUGUGGAGCCUAAGCGAGCGCCAUUGAUUCCGGGGAUGGAGGGGGUAAAGAAGGCAGCAAUUGCAGCUGGGGCCUUUGGCUGCACGAUUAGUGGAGCUGGUCCUACUGCGGUGGCUGUAACAGAUGAUGAGGAGAGGGGAAAGGUGAUUGGGGAUGCAAUGGUGAAGGCCUUUAUGAAGGAAGGAAAUUUGAAGUCUGUGGCUAUGGUGAAGAGGCUGGACAGAGUUGGUGCGAGGCUUAUUGAUAGUGUUCCUAGAUGAUGGAUGAACAUAUCUGAAAUGUUAACAAAGAGGUGGAUAAUGGGAAGCAGUCAGAUCUCUGCUGCUAGGAAGAUACUGGAGGUGUCUACACAAACAGUCACUAGUUCGGGUAAAAAACUAUGUUUUUGGGCCAAAAUUCAAACAAUUGUUUUUGUCAUUUAUUGUAAUCUAAGACUUGAAUCUUAAAUAUUUAAUUUUUGAAGAAAAAAUUCGUUUAAAU